ACCCCAAACUCGAUGGAGACGACUGGCUUCCUGGGUUCCUUGCCCACGACUUUCCACCUCUAUCCAUCAUGUUCUAGCUCGCUUGUAGUGCUGUCCUCGAACAAUACGACCAUGGCGGCAUUGUCCACUAUGUACGGUGCUUGGCAGCAUGAGGCCGACUUCGAAUUUGAGCGGUCCGUCCACCCUUGGUGCCUCGCAUUGCCCUGCCGCAAAAUCAUGCCAGGUAAAGGCAGCAAGAAGGACAACGAAGAUUCCACUGUUCUCUCUUCGGAAGAACACGAUGAUGCAACCAGCAACCGGAAAGCGGCAUCAAAACGUCAUAAAACUAAGGAACCUACUCCAGCUCCAGCCCACCCCCGCUCACGUCGUAAUACCCCUGCCCCCUCCAGUGAACGGCAAGGCCCCGUUACCAGGAGCUCAUCUGUGACCCGCGAGCUCGCACCAAUAGGCAGGGGCAGCAAAGGCAAUAAGGAAACUCCCAAACCAAGGCCUGGGCGCUCUCGCAAGGAUGCACCAACACCUCUUUCCGUACAGAGGGAUGCAACGCCCAUGGAGGAGGAGGUCCUGAGGAUGAACAUCGACGAUAUUGAUGAUAUCGAUGAUCGCCUAAGCCCUAUAGAAGAGAGCAAUGAGGAACGGGCUAUGGAACACGAUAAUGAUGAUGACAUCGAGCCUGUUAUGGAGGAACCCGCAUUCGCACCAACUCCCAAUACAGACAUUGAAGAGCAUCCUCAAAAUGUGCGGAGUUCUGCCCCACCCAAUCUCUCACCUUCGAGGAAGCGCCCACAUAGUCGCUCCCCUUCUCCCCCAAACAAGGUCCAUCAUACCACUCAUCGUACUGUUGCCGGUCGCUCCGCUUCCGUGAGCAUUGAAACGUCGCCUCAUAGGCGGAAUAAGGCUUUCUCUCAACAACAACUUGUCAUGCCUCCCCGCCGUCCUACCUUAGAAGGAUUAGACAUCACAAGUAAUGACCAGCCUAGACGAGAGCCAUACAAUCGUCCAUCACCAACAGUGUCUUCUUUGACCAAGAAGCCAUCAUCUCGCCCUCCCAAUCCCAAUGUCAAGCCAGGUAAUACUGCAAAGUCACAUCCCCCUAGUACGACUGUUCAAAGGCAGGAUGUUCCUGGUCGCAAGGGUCAUAAUUCCAAUGCUGGGGCCCCAGACAAGGUCAUCGAUAAGCCCACUGCAGCCAGACCUACCCCAAACCACCGCAAUCAAAGCCAACCCCGCAAAGAUGACCUGCUCUCUCAUCGUCUGGACAUCAACAAAGCUACCCCUGAGCAUGACCGUUCCACAGCAAUCGCACUUACAACUGAGGAGGAGGAACCCCUUACAGCGAAGGGGAAAAAGAGGAAGUCUAACAGACGUGCUCCAGAUGAUGAGCGCGAUCCUGAAGGAACCACCGAUGCCCCUAUCAAAAAGCGUCAUGCCAGGCAAGAACCUCUUCAUGGCACACUAGCCUGGUUCAAGAAGCUUGGCGAUGAGGAAGGCAAAUUUGCCGAUCUGAUCAAGACGUGCUAUUAUCGCCUCCUCUGUAAAAAAGAUUGGUUCCCUGAUGACCUCGAGCGCAGCAAACUUACAGGCAUGGCCUAUCGAGCAGCUGCGGAUCACUGGCGGCAAACACAUAAUGAAAAAGGCAAGGAUACGGAAUACAUUACUUCUGGGGACUCUGUGAUGACCCAACCCCCUGAAGAUCACAACAAUGGCGAAGGUGGUGAAGACAAUGGCGAUGCUGAGCCUAACGAUCCCAAGGAUGAGCAGCACAAGGUUUCCCAUGGCAAGAACCCCAAGGAUGAGUUUGCAGACUGUGAGUGUGCGCAGUGUCGUAACCUUGCCUCCGAGUUCCGAGGCAACAUCGUCAAUGUUGCAAUUCGCCUUGUUGUCCAAGGAUAUGGACUCGAUCAGCCGGAUGGUGAUAUGGAAGGAACCGAUGAGGAAAUCAUUGCUGCUCAAGUUGCAAAGAUCAUCGAAGCAGAUAACUUUGAGUUCUCCAAAGACCCAGAUAACCCGCCCUCUGCAGACUCUGCCGCUGGAUAUCCAAUGACUACUCCUUUGUUGGAUGCCAUCACUUUAGCACACCUGUCUCUCACCUCGAGCACUGUAUACUCCUUUCCGUUAUUGGAAUGGAUUGCUAUUGUAGAUCUCUAUAACCAGACCAUUAUUCAAGAUGGUGUUGUCUGUCGUUCCUUUGCCUUUAGACAAAUUAUUCCUGGCUCGCAUCGUUUUAUGUCUGACCUGGCUCGUCUUACCUUCUUCACACCAUCCAAAUUGGUCACUGAUGAUGAUUACAAGGCAGUGGUCCCCUUCAACUCUAAUUGUGUGGCAGUAUUAAUCGCGGCGACUCAAUGUGCAUUCAUACGAUGGGAAACAGGAAUAUGUAGAAGGAAGUCCUUUCUGGAGUCGACUUAUAGUAAGAAGCAUGCCAAGGUGAUGGAGGAGAUCGCAGAGACUGUUCCGAAGAACAAAGGACUUUGGAGGGCAAUGCUGAAGAACUUUGAAGAGAUGGCCGAAGGUCAAAAUGCAAGAUUAUUGCCGAAGUAUUUGGUGACAGCGCAAAUGAAGAUGAUGAAGACAACAACACUGAUGGCCAUGAUGCUGGUCAGUCUGAUAACGAUUAAUAUGAACGACAUUGCGUGUGCUGAUACCAUUAUGCUGCAAGUCUUUAGUUGA